AUGGCGUUUGUGCUCAGGGCCAACCCCUUCCAGAGCAGCUCUUUAUAUGACCUCAACACCACCUAUGUUCCUCCGGACUUGAUCAUACACGAGGAGACCGCCGACGCGGUGGUGCCGGCGGUGCUUGAUGCAGCAGCGGCGCAGCGCUCUCAGCCAGUGCACACAGCAUCGGUGCCGCCCGCAGCGCCGGCCGCUGCGCCCUUGCAGUUUACAGGCGCAGGCGCCGCCGGCAGCGGCAGGCCCGGCGCGGCGGGCCCGGCGUCGAGCAGCGCGCCGGCAGCGCCGCCGGGCGAUGAUGACCCCUCGAAGUACGCGCUCUGGAAUGUGCGGCGGUACAGGUCAUUCUUCAACGUCGACACAAACGACGUGCUCUGGCGCGUUGGCAGCAGCUUCCUGGGGCCCUUCAAGCCCGACUUCAUGGCCGAGACCAUGACCAGCCCGGACCUCUACGGCCCUUUCUGGGUGGCCACCACACUCAUUUUCGUGACCGCGGUGGCGGGAAAUUAUGCGGAGUUCAUAGCAUGGAACCGGGAAGCCGCGGCGGCGGGCGGCAAGGGCGACGCCGGCGGCGGCGGGGCCGCGCCGAUCCCCGCGCCUGGCGGCGGCGCGGGCGGCGGCGCGUCGAUCGCGGACCAUCAAUGGUACACCGACUAUGCGAAAAUCAGCUACUCGGCCGUGCUAUUUUACGGCUACGUGUUUGUGCUGGGGAUGGCGUUCUACUUCACGCUGCGGUGGUUCAGGAGCGAGAUCCGCCUCGCCAAUGUCUGGUGCAUCUACGGCUACAGCCUCACGAUCUUCAUCCCGAUGGCCUUCAUCUGCAUCCCGCCCCUGGCCUUGCUCCGCUGGCUCGCCGUCAUGGCCGCCACCGCGAUCAGCGGGACGUUCGUGGUGGCCAACCUGAAGCAGUCGAUCUACGAGGCGGCGCCGGCCAAGGCGGUGCUGCUGCUGGGGAUCAUCUUCGGGUGCCACGUGGGGCUCGGCCUGGCGCUGCGGCUGUACUUCUUUGCGUGGUGA